AUGUCUGUGGUCCUCACGCAGGGGUUUAUACUUGAAGUUUUUCUGACAUCCCUGAACGGGAGAGGACUAGAAUUUCCAAUUCACUUGAACUUCAGCAAGAGCCUGGAACUCACUCAGGCUAGACUUUCUUUCCCACAUGGGAGAGGUAUUGGCGAGGCUGGAGACAAAGGAGUCGACCCACCUUUCCCCUUCCCCUGCUACACACGAGGCAUCAAUGGCGCCCUUCCAGGGCAGCGGCCCCUGUCCCUGCAGGACAAGGUGCUCUACCCCGAGAGUGGGGCUCUUCUCCGCACACUGGACUGUCAGCCCAACUGA